AUGAGCUCUACCCCAGACGGGGUCACUGACCCGCAAAGUCCACCCCCUACAUCCAGUCCAAACGAGCGACUCGUUACAACCGCUCAACCAGGAAGUAGACAAACUACAGAGGUCCCUACAAGAACUAGCGCCGCGACAACGGCAAUCACGACGACGACCUCCCCUCCUCCUCAACCGGGAGCGCGACCUGAGCCUCUCACGGGGAUUUCAUCCACCAUGGCCAAUCCAAACUCAAAGAUCCCGAUCCCUCCACCGCCGAAAGCAGGCGAUAUACCCCAACAGCAACAUCAGCAACAGAUACCCACUACCACCAUAUCAGGGUAUCCUUCCGACAAUACCUACAGCUCCGGUCCCAUCCCCCGCAACCCCUACACCUACAACAAUAACAAUAACAAUAACUGCGGCUACACCUAUAGCAACGACUAUAACUAUAACUAUAAUAAUCCAACAUCAGCAUAUACUUCCAUCUACCAAGCUCCGAACCCAGAGAUACGAGGUAUCAACACCAACCGCAACGUACGCGUCCACGGCAGCACCACCAUGCUCGACUCGGAUGGUUUUGGUGGUGAAGUGGGAUCGGACAGUACUGGGGCUGCGAUUCUGGAAAGUGCCAAGUCGUGGUUUUCGUCAGCGGGGAGUAAAUUGGCAGAGGUUGAGGCGGCGGUUUGGAAACGUAUUAAUGAUGCGCAUGAGAAAUAG